GAGGCAGUAGCAUAUCACAAACUGAUAUUUCUAAUUUAAUUGAUAUUAAUCUUCAAAAAGAAUCUUUAUUUGUAACUAAAAAAACUAAAAAGAAAACAAAGGCCAUAAUUAGAGAGCAACCUGAUAGUGAUAUG